AUGAUCGCUGGCACCACUACCGCGACAACGAUGCUGCGAUCAGGCGUCGUACGCAGCUGCGGCCUGCAGCCCAUCAUGCUGCGCAGCACCGCGACGACGUGCCCAUAUUCGACCUUCUCGGUCCGCUCCAAGCUUCCCAUCGCACCCUUCAUAACCACCACCACCACCACCAAAACCACUACCAGGCCAUCACAGAUCCUCGUCCUCCGCGCAGCAGCACGCGCGACCUCCAGACAGGCUGUGGCGGACCCAGACACCCCGCCGCUGGAUUGGAACACCUUCUUCCAGCUGCGCAAGACGCGGCGGAGAUGGCAGGUCGCCUUUAGCGUAGUCAUGUCGCUGGCGAGCGGAACCGGCGGCGCCAUCCUGCUGUCGACGGGAGCCGCGGACAGCCUGACGAGCCAGAUCCCUCUGGACCCUAUCUUGACGCUGGGCCUGAUGACCAUCGGGUUCGUGGCGCUGGGGUGGCUGGCCGGGCCUAGCCUGGGUAGUACUGUGUUUUACCUGCUUAAGAGGAAGUACAAGACGCCCAUGACUGUGAAGGAGAGCCAGUUCUUUGCGCGGAUCAAGAGGAACCGUGUGGAUCCGUCCAACUCCUCGACCGGCAACCCAGUUCCCGACUUCUACGGUGAAAAGAUCUCCAGCGUCGCUGGAUACAGGCAGUGGCUGAAGGACCAACGGGCGUACAACAAGAAGCGCACUACAUACAUAUCAUGA